CAAAAACAACUCUAUAACGGGCCAAAAGUAUUCGUUAAGGGGUAGCCAAAAGUUAGCGUGUAACCGUUGAAUCCGUUUAUAAAAUGAAAGACGGUGGUUAUUAAAUCAACGGAGAAGGUAUGUCUGCGUCUUUGUUUUCCGAAAGUACCCAAGUUUCUUCCAACGAGAUAGGUAGGAAAUUUAACGUAACCGGUGGCUCUUUUACUGAUGUGCUUUGUGUGAGCGAUUCUGAUGAAACGUCUUGUUCAGUGGGAAGCUCGGAACCCUUGAGCAACAAAUCGCAACAUUUGACCGAUUCUGCUGCUGUGAUCGAUUUGACAAUAUUGUCUGCUGGUACAGAGUUUAAAUCGGAAAGCAACAACACGACCCGUACCAACGAACGAGAAACAUCCGGUUCCUUGAUAGAAAUAUCUGAUUCUGGUGAUGAUACCCUGCCUACCUCCUAUGCCCCACCAUGUUCUACGCUGCGAAGUGUUGAUUCUGAAUACAGGCUGGGAUCUAUGGCCGAGCGACGAUUGGACAAUUUUUUCGACAAUAUACCUGACCUAGAAAAAGAUUCAUCUGAUGUUGAUUUGAACAAGUCAAAUAUUAGUAGAGUUUCUGAGAAUCGUUUCAUAAAUAACGCCGAAGAAAACUUUGAGACAUCUCAGCAGGAUAUUGAAGAAACACAAAGCAAAGAAAACGAUGGCACCGAUGACACCAAAGAGAACAUUCCCAGCAAAAUUGUAGUAAGAGGAACGACGGAUGGUUACGGAAGGCAAAAAAUAAAUGUAUCCGCCAAGAUCAAUAUUAAGAUACAAGUUUCUCAAAUGGAAAGUGAGGAAGAAUCCGAAGCUGAGGAUUGUGCCGACCGGGAAAUAUUUAAUCCGCAAGCUCAGUUACAACCGGUUAAAAUAAAACCUUUUAUAGACGAAAGAAUGGUUGAACUUCUGGAUGAAAUUUACGGUAGUACUUGGCGAACAUCUGAAAUGAUGAAACUUUGUCUGCCUCGGAAUAAGACGGCCUUAAGUUUUUCAAACAAUACGGUUUCGUUCCUAGAAUCCUUGGAUUCUAAGGUUCCAAUUUCAGAAUGUCACAAGGACGCUAUUAAAUAUAGGCAAAAAUAUAACGCUAACAAAGAUGAAUUAAUGCAUAAACUCUAUGAUAUUUUCAACGAAAGAGUUUUCAAGGGAAAACUUGAAGUUCCUCUAAGUUGGAACAAAAAAUUAACCAACACAGCGGGACGAUGUUUUAAUUUGAGAAGAAACGGAGAACGAUACUGUCGUAUAGAGUUGAGCGAUAAAGUAAUAACAUCAGCCGAAAGAAUGCGUAGCACUUUGAUUCAUGAAAUGUGUCACGCCGCUGCCUGGAUAUACGAUACCGCUAACGGUCAUAGUAAAAGCUGGAAAAAUUGGACUCACAGAGCACUGGCAGCUUUACCGAUGCUGCCACCUAUUUCAGUAUGCCAUCAGUACGAAAUCGAGUACAAAUACACGUAUCAGUGCACUCUCUGCAAAGCAAAGUACAAUGCGCAUACAAAAAGUAAAAAGGUUGAAAACAUCCGAUGCAGUAACUGUCACGGGAAGAUAGAACUGUUUUUAAACAAAAAGGACAAAGAGGGUUCCACAGUAGCGACGCCGGUUCGACAGGCCAAAGGGUUUGCCCUGUUUGUCAAGGAGAGGUACAAAGAAUUUCGCGAUAAACAAUCGCACAAGGACACCAUGAAGGAAUUAGGAUUACAGUUUGCCUGCCUCAGUACCGAAGAUAAAAAUAAGUAUGCAUAAAAGUGAUAUUACAAUUACCUUCCACUAAAAUUAGAACUUUUUUUUCUUUCACCAACAUUCGAAAAUAAAUUUUUAUGAUUAAUA